AGCGGCAUGGCCGUGUGGACCCGCGCUUGUAAAGCGGGGCUGUUGGAGCUGCUGCUACGGGAACGUUGGGUGCGGGUAGCGGCGGAGCUGAGCGGCGAAGCCCUGAGCCUGACGGCGGAACCGGGAGGCGGCGAAGCGGCGGUGCUUAACGGCGUGGUUAACGGCAACGCGGAGGCGGCGCCCGGUUGCGUGCGGAGGGUGCGGGUGGUGAAGGCGGAGGCGGGAGGGCUCGGUAUCAGCAUCAAAGGAGGUCGGGAGAAUCGUAUGCCGGUGCUCAUCUCACGUAUCUUCCCGGGGCUGGCGGCGGAACGGAGCGGGGCGCUCCGUCUAGGCGACGCCAUCCUCGCCGUUAACGGCGUCGAUCUCCGGGAUGCCACCCACGAUCAAGCCGUCCAGGCGCUGAAGCGAGCCGGGAGGGAGGUCAUCCUCGAAGUGAAGUUCAUGCGGGAGGUGACCCCCUACAUCAAGAAGCCCUCUCUGGUGUCGGACCUGCCGUGGGAGGGGGCCGCCCCGCAGUCGCCCAGCCUGAGCGGCAGCGAGGACUCGGGCUCCCCCCAGCACCAGGGCCCCCGCGACCGCAAGGUGAUCCCCCUGAAGAUGUGCUUCGCCGCCAGGAACCUCAGCAUGCCCGACCUGGAGAACAGGCUGAUCGAGCUGCACUCGCCGGACAGCAGGAACACCCUGAUCCUGCGCUGCAAGGACACGGCGACGGCGCACUCCUGGUUCACCGCCCUGCACGCCAACAUCACCGCCCUGCUCCCCCAGGUCCUGGCCGAGCUCAACGCCAUGCUGGGCACCGGCGGCGCCGCGGCCGGCGGCAAGGAGGUGAAGCACAUCGCCUGGCUGGCUGAGCAGGCGCGCCUGGACGGAGGGCGGCAGCAGUGGCGGCCGGUCCUCAUGGCGGUGACGGAGAAGGACCUGCUGCUGUACGACGGCAUGCCCUGGACCAGGGACGCCUGGGCCUCCCCCUGCCACAGCUACCCGCUGGUGGCUACCAGGCUGGUCCAUUCGGGCUCGGGCCGCCGCUCGCCCGCCCUGGGCUCGGAGCUCACCUUCGCCACCCGGACGGGCUCUCGCCAGGGCGUGGAGAUGCACGUCUUCCGCGUGGAGACCCACCGGGACCUCUCCUCCUGGACACGCGUCCUCGUCCAGGGCUGCCACGCCGCCGCCGAACUGAUCAAGGAGGUGACUGUGGGCUGCACGCUGGGCGGGCAGGAGGUGCAGCUCUCCAUCCACUACGAGGGCGGCUUCACCAUCUGCCAGGAGGAGCCGGGCGGCAGCGUCCUCUUCCGCUACCCCUACGAGAGGCUGAAGAUGUCGGCGGACGACGGCAUCAGGACCCUCUACCUGGACUUCGGGGGCCCCGAGGGGGAGCUGGCGCUGGACCUGCACUCCUGCCCCAAGCCCAUCGUCUUCGUCCUGCACACCUUCCUCUCGGCCAAAGUCACCCGCAUGGGGCUGCUGGCGUAGGUGGCCCCGGCCCCCGCCCGCCUCCCCCCACCACAAGCCAGCCGGGGAAAGCGGAGGGGCCCCCCCCCGCCCCUCCUGCCCCACCAGUGCCUUGCCGGAGCUGGGACUCACCGCCCCAAGAGCCGCCGGGGAUAUGGCAGGACGGCUGCCCCGGGGCGGGGGGUGAGCCUCUCCUGCUCCACGCCGGUGGUCCCGGCCCCCCCCAGCACAAGGGGGGGCCGGGGCACAGACACCAGCUUUAAUCCCCCUGGGCCUGAAGCCAUCACUGAUCUCACCGCCUGUGCCUUGGAGUGGGGCGAGCCUGGCCCCCCCCCCACAUUGGGAGACCCCCAGUGCUCCCCCACCCACAUUUUGGGGGAGCCAGCACCCUCCCUGCCUUGGGACUCCCCCCAAAGGGGGUCACAUUGUCCCCACAUGGGAUGG